AUGGCGCUGCUUCUAAGGACGUUGGGCCGGCAGAGUAUCUGUCUCGCCAAACCCCAGUACAGUGUCCUGUACAGACAUGCUGCUCCAAUGGGAUCCACAGCCAAGGAGGAGAUGAACAAGUUUUGGGACAAAAAUGUCAGAUUAAACCGACCCAUGUCUCCCCAUAUCACCAUCUACAAAUGGUCUGUCCCCAUGAUGAUGUCUAUCAUGCACAGAGGAACUGGAAUUGGGCUCACUGGAGCUGUCUCAGCCUUUGCGAUGGCAGCGCUGGUCUUGCCAGGAAGCUACCCCUACUACCUGGAUUUAAUCCACUCACUGUCCAUUGGCCCAUUCCUCACUGGGUUGGCCAAGUUUGGGAUCACCUUCCCGCUGUCUUACCACACCUAUAACGGCAUCCGCCACUUGUGUUGGGAUUUCGGCAAAGGCUUCAAAAUUCCAGAGGUCUACAGCACCGGCUACACAGUCAUUGGGCUGUCCGUCCUCACCUCCGUAGCCCUGAUGAUGAUCUGAGCUCAGGACCAGAAGUGAUGAGCAGAGGGAAUUAAAGUGAAUGCGGACUGAAUAUGACUGUGGGAGUUUUGUUUUGUGUAUAUGUACUGUUCUGGCCUAAAGCGGACUGGUGUCAUCUAAGUGUUAAAUAAAGGAUUAUAUUAUUCUUUACUCAGAAA